UCGCGGGACGUAGUGGCGCGAAAACCUCUCAGUCGGCCGUGUUUUGUCGAGCCAGCAGCAGGGAGAGCAGCUCUAAGUGUUUACCGGCGUUUUAGAAGAAAUCCAUUUUAUCAGGCGAAAAUGGCUACCGACUCCGCAGACGACCUGGAGAUGAGGGAGGCUCAGAGGGAUUACCUGGACUUUCUGGACGACGAUCAAGACCAAGGCAUUUACCAAAGCAAAGUCCGGGAUAUGAUCGGCGAGAAUAAAGCCCGGCUCAUCGUGAACAUCAACGACCUGCGGAGGCGCAACGAGGCCCGGGCUGCCAAGCUGAUGAACAACGCCUUCGUGGAGCUGCUGGCCUUCCAGCGGGCUCUGAAGGACCUGGUCGCCACCAUAGACCCCACCUACGCCAAGCAGCACGAGGACUUCUUCGUGGGCCUGGAGGGCAGCUUCGGCUCCAAGCACGUCUCGCCCCGGACCCUCACCUCCCGCCUGCUGGGCAGCAUGGUGUGUGUGGAGGGCAUCAUCACCAAGUGUUCCCUGGUCCGGCCCAAGGUGGUGCGCAGCGUUCACUACUGUCCCACCACUAAGAAGACCAUGGAGAGGAAGUACACGGACAUGACCUCGCUGGACGCCUUCCCCUCCAGCGCUAUUUACCCCACCAAGGACGAGGAGAACAACCCCCUGGAGACGGAGUUCGGCCUGUCCAUCUACAAGGACCACCAGACCAUCACGGUGCAGGAGAUGCCGGAGAAGGCCCCCGCCGGCCAGCUGCCGCGCUCCGUGGACAUCAUCCUGGACAACGACCUGGUGGACGUGGUCAAGCCCGGAGACAGGGUGCAGGUGAUCGGCACGUACCGCUGCCUGCCCGGGAAGAAGGGAGGAUUCACCUCCGGCACCUUCAGGACCAUCAUGAUCGCGUGCCACGUGAAGUCCAUGAGCAAGGAGGUGUCGCACGCCAUCUCUGCCGACGACGUGGCCAAGAUCCGCAACUUCAGCCGCACCCGCUCCGUGAACGUGUUCGACCAGCUGGCCCGCUCGCUGGCUCCCAGCAUCCACGGGCACGAAUACAUCAAGAAGGCCAUCCUCUGCAUGCUGCUGGGAGGGGUGGAGAAGGUGCUGGAGAACGGCACGCGCAUCCGAGGAGACAUCAACGUCCUGCUCAUCGGCGACCCGUCGGUGGCCAAGUCCCAGCUGCUGCGCUACGUGCUCCACACGGCGCCCAGAGCCAUCCCCACCACCGGGCGGGGCUCCUCCGGCGUGGGUCUGACGGCUGCCGUCACCACCGACCAGGAGACGGGAGAGCGGCGCCUGGAGGCGGGCGCCAUGGUGCUGGCCGACCGCGGCGUGGUCUGCAUCGACGAGUUCGACAAGAUGUCCGACAUGGACCGCACGGCCAUCCACGAGGUGAUGGAGCAGGGCCGCGUCACCAUCGCCAAGGCGGGCAUCCACGCCCGGCUCAACGCCCGCUGCUCCGUGCUGGCGGCGGCCAACCCCGUCUACGGCAGGUACGACCAGUACAAGACCCCCAUGGAGAACAUCGGCCUGCAGGACUCGCUGCUGUCGCGUUUCGACCUGCUCUUCAUCAUGCUGGACCAGAUGGACCCCGAGCAGGACCGGGAGAUCUCUGACCACGUGCUGAGGAUGCACCGCUACCGGGACCCCCGCGAGCAGGAGGGAGCAGCUAUGGCUUUUGGCGGGUCGGUGGACGUGCUGGCCACAGAUGACCCGGACGCCAUGGCGGAGGAUCAGGAGGAGCUGCAGAUCUACGAGAAGCACAACAACCUGCUGCACGGGAGCAGGAAGAAGAAGGAUAAGAUCUUGAGUAAGGAGUUCAUGAGGAAGUACAUCCACAUCGCCAAGAUGAUCACACCUGUGCUGACCGAGGAGGCGGCCAAUCACAUCGCAGAGGAGUACUCCAGGCUGAGGAGUCAGGAGCAGGUGGCGGCCGACAUCGCCAGGACCUCGCCGGUGACGGCCCGUACCCUGGAGACGCUGAUCCGUCUGUCCACGGCGCACGCCAAGGCCCGCAUGAACAAGUCCGUGGAGCUGGAGGACACGGAGGUCGCCGUGGAGCUGGUCCAGUUCGCCUACUUUAAAAAGGUUCUGGAGAAGGAGAAGAAGCGCGCGAGGCAGGAGCCCGACUCUGGCUCAGAGGAGGAGGCCGACAAGGAGGCGCCCGCCAGCCAGCGCUCGCAGAGGACCAGGAAGAGGGGGCGCCUUGGCUCCCAGGGCAGCGAGCCCUACAGCCCGUUUGACUUCAGCGAAGAGCAGGACGUCCCCGAGAUUCACGCCGGCACCAGGAAGCCAGCCGCAGCGGCGCAGGAGCAGGAGGAGCCCAUGGAGGCCGCUUCACAGGCUGAAGGCGCCGAGCUCUCCGCAGAGAGGCUGAAGGAGUUCAAGUCGUCCCUGUUCGCCGUCUUCCAGUCGGCCCACGCGCAGUCGGUGAAGAUGACCAAGCUCAUGGACGAGGUCAACAGGGAGCGCGAGAGCGGCUUCACCAGGGCGGAGGUGCGCGGCGCCCUGGCCCGCAUGCAGGACGACAACCAGGUCAUGGUGGCCGACGACAUCGUCUUCCUCAUCUGAGAGGAGGCGCCUUACCCAACACCGCCUGGUGGCUCAGAGGGAAGAAGCAGCGGAAUACGGACGUCUCGUUUAGAAAAGGAGCGGCAGGUUGACUCCUCAUGCUGUUUGUCGUUCCAUCUUUGAAGGUUUUACCGACCUGGUUGUCGUCGGAGGUGUGUCCUGAUCCCGCAUCUGAUGAAACGGACACAACGCGGGUUCUGCUGUUGUUAUAAAUCUGUAAAUAGUUCCUGUUUGUUCAAAUAAAUGUUGCUGAUAUAAAUAAGUGAAAUGGAAGUAA